CAGUGGUUCCCGCUAGUCCUGCCGCCUCCUCACGCUGUCCACGCUGCUGGCACCAGGCCGCGGACGCCUGCCCGGCUCCAGGACAAUGGCAGCUCUGUACACACUGUGGAUGGGGCUGGUCCUGCCAGGGGUCCUGGGGGUCCUGCAGCCCGCGGCUGAGGCCCAGGUCUCCCUGCAGCCCAACUUCCAACAGGACAAGUUCCUGGGGCGCUGGUUCACCUCGGGCCUCGCCUCCAACUCGAGCUGGUUCCGGGAGAAGAAGGCGGCUCUGACCAUGUGCACUUCGGUGAUAGCCCCGACCGGGAGCGGCGGCGGGCUCAACCUCACCACCACCUUCCUCAGGAAAGACCAGUGUGAGACGCGCAGUCUGCUGCUGUGGCCAGCGGGCCCCCCAGGCUGCUACAGCUACACCAGUCUCCACUUGGGCAGCACGCAGGAGGUGCGGGUGGUGGAGACGGAUUACGAAGACUACGCUCUGCUCUACACCUCGGGCACCCGGGACCACGACUUCCACUUGGCCACUCUCUACAGUCGGACCCAGACCCCGAAGGCUGAUGUGAAGGAGAAGUUCACGACCUUCGCCGAGGCCCAGGGGUUCACAGAGGACACCAUUGUGUUCCUGCCCCAGACCGAUAAGUGCGUGGAGGGGCACCAGUAGCAGGUGACCCCAGCCCUCAGGACCUGGCCAUGCUGCCCUGCUCCGCUCUCCUCCGAGACCCCGAGACCCAGCCCUGGCCCCCUGGCCACCACUCCGCCCCCGAGCUUUAUGCUGCCUCUGAGAAUAAAGUCCAGAAGCAAGUCAGCA